AUGGAGCCCGAAGUUUGGGCGGCAACGCUACAGGAAUCCGAGAAUGGCUGGCUGACGUUUCGGCCAGACCAGACCAUCCAGUCAGGCUGCAUAGUAUCUUCGAGGUUCGGAGUUAAACAGAAAAACAAAGUGAGGCCAAUUGACAACUUUCGGUCCAGCCUAGUUAAUUCAACUUGCGGCGUCCGCGAAAAGGUGGCCAUGGACGGAGUAGACGAGAUAGUCUCCCUUUGCCUCCAUUGGCUGCGCAGGAAGAGGCCUGUUGACCCCGACGUUCGGGUCGUGGGUCGUACCUGGGAUCUAAAGAGCGCGUAUAAGCAGCUCGCCGUGCGCGCUGACCACAAACGUUUUGCGGCGAUAUGUAUGAUAGAUCCUAAAACAAACGAGGUCAAGAUAGCUGACGUUCACAGCAUGCCAUUUGGCGCUCUCGCGGCAGUGCACGCUUUCCUGCGUUGUGGUGAGGCUAUCAAAGCCAUCGGGCGAUGCAAGCUGUUGUUGGUCAUGACCAACUUUUUUGAUGAUUUCACUGUCCUUGCGUCCAAGGGAAACAGCAAGCGUGUGGGACUCGUAGUCUCUUUCCUCUUUCGGAAACUCGGAUGGGACGUAGCCCAGGAAGACAAGAAGAACGCUCCAUUCGGGGAAGUCUUCGACGUGCUAGGGGUCCGCAUAGAUCUGUCUCAGCAGCAUCUUGGAUUGGUAUCUAUCUGGAAUACUCCAGAACGUCUGGAGGAACUUCGAGCCGACGUUCGGCGGCUUUUGCUGGACCAGCGCAUCAGCUAUGAAGAGGCCCAGCGCCUCAGAGGACGUUUCCUCUUUGCAGAGCAGAACGUUUGGGGGCGUAACUCCAGGCAAGCCAUUGUGUGCCUCGAAGACGUCCCUGAUACUAGUUCUGGGCCUGUGCCCCUCACUGAAGGCCCAGCUGUCAGCCCUGCGUUUUCUGCAGAGCAGGGUCCUGGAUGGCAGGAAGCACGGUUGUGGCUGGACGGGGCCUGCGAGUGGGACGUUCCCUCGAGCUCUCCAAUCUGCGGCUUUGGCGGGGUCUUGUUCCUUGGAGACCAGAUCCUCGCGUGGGGCUUUGAACUGCCCCGCGCCGAAGGGAAGAAGUGGGCCGAGCGUGUCGGCAAGCAACAACUGGUUUUCGAAUGCGAGCUUCUGCCCUAUUUGAUUAGCCUGCAGUUGUGGGGCACGUUGCUCAAGGCCUGCGACCUGAUGAUUUUCAUUGACAAUGACGCAGCCAGGGCGUCCCUGGCAAAGUCCUUUACGAGGAAAGAAGAGGGAGCCCGAAUCGUAUUCGAGGCGGUGGAGGAAGAAGAGAGGCUUGACGUUCAAGCCUUUUUCAUGCGAGUUCCCACAUCUAGCAACAUCGCAGAUGGACAAGAGAUCGCUCGUUUGAAAGAGCACUUUGGAAGCCCAUUACAUUUGCUGGCAGCGUUUGACAGCGAAGAUGAGAUCAAAGAGCUGAUCGAUGUUUAUUGGCCAGGGAUUGGAUCUGAUGGAGUUAAGGAGCGUGUGAAGACUCUGCUUAAGUGGUCGGCAGAUAACGCCAAAGCGGGCAAGCGGCGGAGGCGUGAGAUUCUCCGAGAUUCUUUGGAGACUCUUCCGUCUCGGCCAGCUAGGCCGGAGCUGGCAAAAUCUUUUGAAGAGGCCACGAGAGACAAUCCUUUGGUCUUGCUGGAAGGCCUAGCGCGUCGCAAGAAGCUGCUCAGAAGUGAAGCGGACCCUACGCAGAGGGCGAGUGAAGAGAAGGUCGCACGUGAGAAGUACGCCAUACUUUUGUGUAGCUUCAUCAAGGAAGCUAAGCUGCCAGUCACCGAGCAGCUGCAGGACGUUUCAGAUCCGGAUUCAGUUUGGAAGAGGUUGUUCGGCAACGGGAAGGUUCCAGAGCCCGAAAGAUUUUCGAAGGACACUACAUGGAUUGCACAGCUGAAUUCUUUGACGUCAGACCUGAAGGCCGCGUCUGCACCAGUGCGCCAAGCCCCGAUGUUGACUGUGGCUAUGGUUGUGUCCUUAGAGCUGCAUGUGGUCAAGAAAGAUGAAUCGCUAUUUGAGAGGGCCAUGUCGUGGAUAGCUUUAGUGGCCGUUUUCGCCAGCAUGAGAAUCGAUGACCUUCAAGGAGUCAUUCCUAAGUCCAUGGCCCUCACUGAUGCAGGUUUCAGAGCCGUUCUUGGGCGCACCAAGACGACGGGCAGUGACUGUAG